AUGAGCGAUUCUUUAAUCACAUAUCCCCCAAAGAACACAAAGUGGAACAACGUUGCGUUUUCGAUUUCUUUUUAUGUGUGCAUAGCAAUUUCCUUUAGUGUUAGCUGUUACUGCAUUUUCUCUUCCACUCCCGACUACUCCAUUAUUAAAACACACAUAACAACACUUCCUGGAAUUCCAAUGGUCAAAGUGAUUCCUCUGGUUGUCGUGUGUGCGUUUGUCUUUUCACUUCUCUUCAUCUAUCUCAUCAAAGUGAUGACUCGACUCUUCAUUAUAUUAUUUGGUGUUGUCUUCCCCGUCAUUUUCAGUGUCAUUUUAAUAGUACUUUCAAUUUUGUCAUUCUCACGGGGUAUAUGGACGUUUGUAACGUUAUUAGUGUGUGGGGUAUCACUCUUGAUAUCACCGUUAAUCAUUUUUGUGUCGCGAAAGAAGUUGCCGAUUACAAUAGACAUCGUCCACUUGUCGUCAACAGCACUCAUACAAACAAAACACAUUCUCUUUGUUUUGUGCCCUCUUUUACUCAUUGUCACAACAACGGUUUUACUCUUUGUUCCAGGCUCAGUGGUCCUCAAUUACCUCUCCGGAACAACAAAGAAUGAUCAAUACGUCCCACCCAAAGCUUUUAUACCCAUUUUACUCCUCCAAGCAUUUUCAUUGUUUUGGGUUUUGAACACAGUGAGUGGUGUUUCUGUCGUGAUCACGUCUUCAGUCAUCUCGCACAAGUACUUGAAUACAAAAGAUGUUGGAGACUCCUUCAUGGAGUCGGUAUAUAAUGCGCUCACCAAGAAAUUUGGAUCUAUUGCGUUUGGUUCUUUAAUAUUAUCAGUUGUGCAGUUCAUUCAGUUUGUAGUCAAUUACUUGGAUGGCGACGAUGACGACCCAAGUGUCGCACAAAGGAUCCUAAAGUGUAUAUUCCAGUAUUUACUCAGCUUACUAGAGACCAUUGUGCGGUAUGUCAAUAAAAUGGCGUACGUCAUUGUUGGUAUGCACGGAACGCCCUUUUUAGAAAGUGCACAUGUAGCCGUUGAUUUAGUCAAGAACAAUUUAGUCACUGCCAUUCUUCAAGACACAGUGAUUGGGUCGAUCUGCUUUGGUGUUAUUUUAGUUGGAGGAAUUAUGUGUGGAUCAAUUGGUGGAGUAUUUGUGUAUGUCUUUGGGUAUGGGAAAGUGGUGUCAUAUAUUACUUUUAUAGUAUCUUUUAUCAUUUCGAUAUUUGUUGUAAGUUAUUUCUUUGCACUUUUACAGGCAAGUACGGAUACCAUUCUCUUGUGUUAUGCGGAAGAUUUAGUCUUGUUCAAUGGAGUUCAUUGUGAGAAGUUGAAUGCAAUAGUUUCUCAUUAUGAUAAAUAUGAACCAUUUGAAGCUAUUAAUACCGAACAAAACGACAGUCAAGUUGUUCCUCAAGAACAUCACAACGAACAAAAUUUUUGA